AUGCAUAGUAAGAGUAGUGAGUUUAGUGUAGUGCCGCAGGGGCCUGGCUCCUGCCAGGAGAAGGCCUUCACAGACCAUUACCAGGUCUUGAAGGACAUUGGGCAUGGGGCAUUUGGUAAGGUGAUCCUAGCCCGCCAUCUGCACACUGGGGCCGAGGUGGCGGUGAAAGUCCUGCCAAGGAGCAUGUCGGAGAAUUUGGUCCACUCUGAAAUACUGGCGAUGAAGACCCUGAACCACCCGAAUGUGAUCCACCUCUUUCAGGUGAUUGAAACCCACAAACAGAUCUACAUCGUGAUGGAGUACGGGGUUGGGGAAUCUUUAUUUGACCUCGUCCCACCUGGGGGCAUGCAGGAAGAGGAGGCCAGGAGACUCUUCAGGCAGAUCGCGAGUGCAGUGUGCUACUGCCACAAGAUGCACAUCUUGCACAGAGACCUGAAGCCCAAGAACAUUGUGCUGGAUGCCAGAGGCAACAUCCGAAUCGUCGACUUUGGCUUCAGUAUCAUGUUCAAACCUGGGCAGAAGCUGACCGAGUUUUGUGGCACUCUGGACUACCUCGCCCCGGAAUGUGUGCGCGAGGAAGUACACGAGGGUCCCCCAGUGGACAGCUGGAGCCUGGGUGUCAUUUUGUAUUUUAUGUUGACUGGACACCGCCCAUUUAGGGCAGCCAGCAUGAAGGGGCUGAUGUGGAAGAUCUUACAUCCCAAGUUGAAAUUUCCCUGGCGCGUCUCAGCCAAAGCCAAAAGACUCAUCAAGAAAAUCUUGACAGUGGACCCCAGAGCAAGGCUCUCGGCAGAGGAGAUCUUGGCGGACCCGUGGCUGAAUCAGGGUGAGGAGAAGUUACCUUCCCAUGAUGUGCCCUUCCCYAACCUCUCAGACCCCACAGUACUGACAAUGCUGUUCGACAUGGGGUACGACCCUUACAGUACCUGGGUGUCGCUUUCCCAGAGAAAGUUUGAUGGGGCAAUGGCUUCCUAUCUCAUAAUCCAGCGGCAGAUAAGCCAGGGGGCAGGCUGCAUUAAGCCUGGGAGAAGGGAUCCUUCCAUUUCCCCUGCCCUCCCGCAAAGGAGGGCGAGUGAGCCUGCCCUUCACACCUUCCCCUUGCCCUGUGAGCAUCAUCAGCCUCAGGAGGCCAAAGAGUCAGGGCAGAAGAGCUUCAGAAGGGCCAGCUGGCCUGCCAUUAGUCUCCGCUUCCUGCAUGAGAAGCCCCCCACUCCCAGGCUAGCCUCCCAGCAUCACUCUGUGUUUGACUCACCCGAACCCUGCCCAUCAACAACAGACAGCCAUGUUUCCCAAGAUGCCACCACAGGGCAUCCCCAGGGCCACAGGAAGGGUUGGAAGCGGGUGAGGCAGAGGAUCGCUGCCUGCUUGCGCAGACUGUGCUGUUGCACACCCUUAUGUGUUGGCGAAAUCGAGGUUGCUACACCAGGAGAGCAGAAGCCUGCUAGGUUCACAAAUCGGGUGGUUCCUACAUAA